AUGGACGGAUCCGCCGCGGCGGAGCUGGAGAGGGCGGAGAGGGUGGUGAGGCGCUGGGACUCCACGGCGUCCGCGCCCGCGGGCGGCGGGGGCGGGGGCGGCGGGGAGGACCAGAUGCUGUUCGACGGCGGCGGAGACCGGGUGGAGGCCGAGCGCUUCCUCCAGGCGGUGGACGACCUCCGCCGCCUCGCGCCGCCGUCCCCCGGCAGCCCGCGCCGCACCUCCUCGGCGGGGGCCUCCGGCGCCGUCCAGGUCGCCAUGGCGCGGCUCGAGGACGAGUUCCGCCACGUGCUGGCGUCGCGCGCGGUCGACCUCGAGAUCGAGGUGCUCGCCGACCUCAGCUCCCUCUCCAUGUGCAGCGACCGCUCCAGCUUCUCCGACGUCGGCGACGCGCCGCCGGUGGACGACGAGUCCGUCGAGUCCUCCGUCGGCCGCCGCAGCAGCUACCGCUCCAUGCGCAGCAUCCGCGAGAUCGACCUCCUCCCGCCCGAAGCCGUCAACGACCUCAACGCCAUCGCCUCCCGCAUGGCCGCCGCCGGCUACGACCGCGAGUGCGUCCAGGUCUACGCCUCCGUCCGCAAGCCGGCCGUUGACUCCGCCCUGCGCCGCCUCGGCGUCGAGAAGCUCACCAUCGGCGACGUCCAGCGGCUCGAGUGGGACGCCCUCGAGGUCAAGAUCCGCCGCUGGAUCCGCGCAGCCCGCGCCGCCGUCCGCGGCGUUUUCGCCAGCGAGCGCCGCCUUUGCUUCCUCAUCUUCCACGACCUUCCCCUCUCCAACCCCACCAUCGCCACCCCCGCUCCCACCACGACUCCCGCCGCCCCCUUCGUCGAAACCGUCAAGGGCGCCGCGCUGCAGCUCUUUGGCUUUGCCGAGGCCAUCAGCAUCGGCCGCCGCUCGCCAGAGAAGCUCUUCAAGAUCAUUGAUCUGCACGAUGCACUGGUCGAUCUGCUGCCUGAUGUCUCCGAUAUCUUCGCCGCCUCCAAGGCCGGGGAACCCAUAUAUGUGCAGACAACCGAGAUCAGGGCGCGUCUGGCUGAUGCUGUCCGUGGGGUACUCUCUGAGUUCGAGAACGCCGUUCUCCGUGACCCCUCCAAGACUCCAGUGCCCGGCGGCACCAUCCAUCCCCUCACUCGCUAUGUGAUGAAUUACAUUGUCCUCAUUUCCGACUACAAGACGACACUUUCUGAGCUGAUCGUGUCACGACCAUCAGCUAGCUCGCGUGUUCCUGCCGAUGGCAAUGAUCUCACACCGUCAUUUCCUGAUCUGGACCUUCCUGAUCCUGACAGCCAGUUACCACUUUCUGCUCAUCUUAUCUGGACUAUUGUGGUUCUUGAACACAACCUUGAAGGCAAGGCAUCACUCUACAAGGACCCGGCACUCUCUCACUUGUUCCUAAUGAACAAUGUGCACUAUAUCGUGCACAAGGUAAAGGACUCGCCUGAGCUCCGGGGACUCAUUGGCGAUGUGUACCUAAAGCGGCUCACAGGAAUAUCCAAAUCAGCACUUCGGGAGCGCUUCAAGUCUUUCAAUGCUGCGUUCGAGGAGGCACAUAGGGCUCAGUCUGGGUGGUAUGUGCCUGACACACAGCUGAAAGAAGAGCUUAGGAUCUCAAUAGCAGAGAAGCUGCUCCCAGCAUACCGGUCCUUCCUUGGUCGAUUCCGGCAUCAUAUUGAGAACGGGAGGCAUCCAGAGUUGUACAUCAAAUACACAGUUGAGGACCUUGAGAUAUCCGUGACGGAUUUCUUCGAGGGGUCUCCACCUCCACCGCAUAAUAGGAGGAGAUCCCAUGGAUGA